AUGUCGAAGGUAGCACCCAUGCAACUUGGGGCCGCAGAUACCCACACCCAGGUGGACCAUAUGGCGGCCCUGGAUAUUGACUCCAAACCAUUCUCGAAGCGACUCUCCGGCAUCAUCUGCACCAUUGGACCUGUCUCUCGGUCUGUAGAGAUGCUGGAGAAAAUGAUGGAGGCUGGCAUGAACAUCGCACGUAUGAACUUCUCCCACGGCACCCAUGAAUACCACAGCGAGACCAUGAUGAAUGUCCGUAAGGCAGCCCAGAAGUAUUCCGACAAGAUUGGGCAUUCUUAUCCUGUUGCCAUUGCUCUUGACACAAAGGGACCUGAAAUUCGUACUGGCCUUUUGGAAGGUGGACCAUCAGCUGAAAUUGAAUUGAAAGAAGGUGCUACAAUCAAGUUGACCACAGAUGCCAGUUACUAUGAAAAGUGCUCAGAAGACGUACUUUACUUGGACUAUGUCAACAUUACCAAAGUUGUGAAGCCUGGCAACCGCAUCUUUGUUGAUGAUGGCCUUAUCUCUCUUAUUGCUAAGGAUGUGGGCAGUGAUUCCAUUGACUGUGAGGUUGAAAAUGGAGGUAUGCUUGGGAGCAAGAAGGGAGUGAAUCUCCCAGGUGUUCCAGUAGACCUUCCUGCAGUCUCUGAGAAGGACCGUGGUGAUCUCCUCCUUGGUGUCAAAAUGGGAGUAGACAUUGUGUUUGCGUCCUUCAUCCGUGAUGCUGCUGGAGUCCGUGAGAUCAGAGAUGUUCUUGGCGAAAAGGGCAAGAAUAUCAAAAUCAUCAGCAAGAUUGAGAAUCACCAGGGAUGCAAGAACAUUGAUGACAUCAUUGAAGAGGGAGAUGGUAUCAUGAUUGCUCGUGGUGAUUUGGGUAUUGAGAUUCCUGCUGAGAAGGUCUUCGUGGCCCAGAAACAGAUGAUUGCCAAGUGCAACAAAGUUGGUAAGCCAGUCAUUUGUGCUACCCAGAUGUUGGAAUCCAUGGUGAAGAAGCCCCGUCCCACACGUGCUGAAGUGUCAGAUGUGGGUAAUGCUAUCCUUGAUGGUGCUGACUGUGUCAUGCUGUCUGGUGAAACUGCUAAGGGAGGCUACCCUCUUGUUUGUGUACGAACCAUGGCCAACAUUGCACGUGAAGCUGAAGCUGCAAUUUGGCACAAGCAACUCUUCACUGAGCUGUCUCAGCAGGUCCAUCUGCCUACUGACUCAACACACACCACAGCUAUUGCUGCUGUUGAAGCCUCAUUCAAAGCAAUGGCCACAGCUAUUAUUGUUAUUACCACCACUGGUCGCUCUGCUCAUCUGGUUUCAAAGUACAGGCCUCGCUGCCCAAUUGUGGCUGUAACACGAUACCCACAGGUGGCCAGACAGUGCCAUCUCUACCGUGGCAUUAUUCCCAUCCACUACACUGUGCCUCAGAAUGCUGAACGUAUUGAAGACUGGAUGAAUGACGUCAAUGCUCGUGUAGACUAUGCUGUUCAGUAUGGCAAGGAGUGUGGUUUCAUUAAGCCCGGCGACCCAGUUGUUGUGGUGACUGGCUGGCAGAAGGGAGCUGGCUUUACCAAUACCAUGCGCGUCCUCGUUGUACCUUCAACUGGCCCAACAGCCUCCAUUGUGAAACUAGGAGCACACUCAUCUGUUAAGUCAGGCCCUGUUAAGUCAGGCCCUCAAGCCAGUGGAGAGCACCAGAGAACUGGAAAGGCUCAGCCAGAUAUUCCAUGGCCGAGUUUCCUUGCGCACAUGGGUCCUUACCACCUAUGUGCUGCAGCAGUUGCUAACAAGAUUUAAGAUGAUAGGAUUGUGCCUUGAAAUGUGAGAGAAGUUGUGACAAUGAGAUAGCUGUGUGAACCAAAGUAAUCUCCCGUGUUAUAAGCCAGUAGUAUCCACUGUAUUUCUAAGUUGUCAGGAAAUUGCCUGCAGCAAUUAUACAAUAAACAUAAUUGGAUGAA